CAACAACGGCAGCCGCAACAACAUCAACAACAGCAAUAAAAAAAGGGCCAAAAGGGGGCGAAUCCUUUUUAGUCAAACACAUAUUACACUUAUUGUAGUCUUUUCCAUUCGCCCUCUGCAUUAUUUACAACGUUAGUAAUUUAGACUAGGCUAACGCUAACAUUCCUUGGUGGUCUGUUUGUCUGCUGUCUGUACCUCUGAGCAGUGUGCCUCUUCCAAUAGUAGGUUUUCUUUUCUCUUCCACCUCCUCUCACCUGCACCAUCACCUUCACUUUCACUUCCACUUCCUCAUCUCAUCUCGACUUGACUCCACUCGACUCAUUUCUCUCGCUCAUCUCUCAUCUCGCCUCGCGGAUGAAGACCAAAUAACCUUCUCUUCUUCUCUUCAUCGCCUCCUGCUCUCACUUCUCCUCAAUCCCUCAGUCUCUUAUCGCCGCCAAAAUGGCCUCCAGGUACAAUACCGCCACUACCUCAGGUCAUCAACAACAACAGCAACAGCAGCGAUAUAUGUCUCCCAGCCAAUUCCAAGAGGGACACAACAUCCCGGUCGAAUCGACCGAUUGGAACCCAUAUAAUGACCAGGCCAUGAAACCAUCGACCGAAUCGGUGAGCUCCUUCAAGAGCUGGGCCUCGGCAGAUCCUUCGCAGUACCAGCAGAAUGCAGCCUACUCUACACCCUACAAUAGCCAUGGCUUCCACGCCGGAGUUGUCCUGGCGCCUUCUCACGAGCCACCAGUAGCACCAGCACGAGUCUCCUCCGCCUCGUAUUCCACCAACAGGAACAGAAGCAAUAGCAAUGCCAGUAAUCUCAGUGCAGGCAUGAACUAUGGCUAUAAUCACGGCGGCAACCAUAUGAGCCAUAUGAGCCAUGUCAGUCAACUCAGUAACAACAGUUCAUCCUACGCAUAUCUGCCGUCUCAACAUCCAUUACAGCAGCAGCAUCCAUGGCAACACCAGCAAUACCAGAAUUCACAGGACGGCACAUAUGCUCACCAGUCCAGCUCUUUCACACGGGCCGACUCGAACGGCACAGUUCGCUCGGACCUGACGGCCACCGAACCGGGCGAUACGCCGGGAUAUCAGAGUUAUGGUACUCCAAUCGUAGAUGGCCAGGCAAUUGAUCACCAGCAAGCGCCAUACUAUUCCCAACAGCAAUCGCUGCGACAGCACCGACAAACACCCUCAGACGCCUCGCCCCCGUCCAUGAACCGUACUUAUCAGCAAGAAGUCCAGCUAUCUCAGUCAUUGAUGCAAUCCAUGGAUCAAGUCACAAGCCCACACGGAUCGCCUAGAGCCGCUCAGAAGUCGGUUCCAAAGAGGAGGGAGGCUCCUACUCAAUACGCGUCCACGGAUGACAACGGUCUGCCAUCGCUGGAUCAGUACGAGGAGAUGCUGCAGAAGAUGACAUCCCCGGGACUCGGCCCUACCAUUCCCAAGGAGUCUCGCACUAAUCCGAGACGAGCUGAUAACGAUCGUGAGGCCAGGACUGAGAGAAUGGCCCGCCAGACACGGAGAUUGCAACAGCAGCAACAGCAGCAACAGCAGGAGCAGCAGUUGUAUUCUGAGCCUAUGCCACAACUCCCUAGUCCCGAUAGUUCUCAGCCGGGUCAUUUGUCAGUGUCUGCAGAGGAUCGAAAGCUCAGACGGAGAAGCAGUUUACCGACUUCGUUUGGUGAAGGUCCGAACAGGCUCUUUACUAAUCAGAUGAGACGAAGCAGUGGUGUGCAGCACUCGCCCAGUGAAGCCAUGUCGCCAGUACAGGUUCUUCCGGCGAUUGAUGAUGUAUCACGCCUAGGAUCAACAGUCGGUAACCCCACGAGGCGGUCGUGGGAGGAUGAGAGCGUAGCGCUUCGGGAUGAUUUGAUCAAGGGCAAUGCUAUGGCCAGGGGCAACCAGUCCUUACUACAUGCUGACAAUGACAGCGGUAGUCAAAUGGCAUCCCCUAACGCACCUGAGCGACAUGGACCGAAUAAGAGAGCUACGGACCGAAACUCUUAUAACGGCACGAAACCACCUUUGACGACCAAAUCCCAGCUAAGAUUGAGUCAUACGCUGAGCCAAUCCGAUGUCGACGAAGUCGCCGCUCUAUCCUCAUCAAACCACUACAUGACCGAUCAUGAUAGUGAGCUUUCGGCCGGCCACUCGACACUUCCGAAGAUCGACGAGGCUGACAUUCAAAUCAAACAGAUUCAAUAUGACCUUCAACAACUACAAGCACCGCAUAGAGCCCAAGCGUCCAGGAACCAGAAUACCUCUAAACUGAUGCCCAGUCCACCGUCCUCACGUCCACGCGCCACGACUCCGCUGGGGAUGGUGUCGGAAGAAAAUAUACCUAUCCCUACAGGCCCCCCAAACCGGCAACAGCUCCUGGCCUCCAUGGACGACGGUGCCGGUCUUAUGGCCUCCCCCAAUCGAUCGGCUUCCCCCACGUUCUCGCGAUCGCGACCAACUACACCUGUCAGCGGUGGCAUCCGACCUCCAACGGGCCCUGUGCCCAUCCCCACGAUAUCAGCGCCUGCUAACAGUACGAGUGGUAGCCCUGCCGGUGUUGCUCGGAAAAGUUCUCCCGCAGGUCGUCGCAUCAAACCGAACCCACCGGCCUCGUCAAUCUUGCCUCCGACCACUCCAAGAGCGCGAGCCGGAUCUAUUGCUUCGAUCAGCAGUGCGAACAACAUUGCGAUCGACAGCGCGAUCCAACAGGCACCUCCGUCUCUACCGCUACCGUCGUUACCGCCACCGCCGACAUCUGCACCACCACCUCUGACGGGCGAUAUGGCGACACAGCGACGGAGGAAGGCAUCUGGAAGUAAGGAGCUGGUUCUACCGACACCCCAGUUACUUUCUGAAAGCGGGCUCGGUCAAGAUUCAUUGCCAACGCCGGCGUCUUUGGCGUCCAUGAGUCCUGAAUUGGGCGAGUCAAUCUUCCCACACCAGCAGGCCGCAGCGUCGCCGAAUCAUCAGUCUCAGAUCUUGCGCCUGAAGAAGAGGGUUAGCACAUUGGAGAAGGAGUUGGAGACGAUCAGCAGUGAGCUCUCGAGUCGGGUCCGAGAUGGUGGCGAGCUGCAGUUCCGGGUGGAGCAGCUGACAUUGGAGCGGGAUGCGCUCGUGAACCAGGUGGCGGUUUUGGAGGAGCACGCGUUCAGGGAUCCGCAGGACGAUCACGCGAAGCUGCAGCUGGCAUUAAAGCAGGUUCAGGAAUGGCGGGAUGUGCAGAUGAAGGAAUGUAUCGCUCGGCAAGACCAGGCAAAGGUUACGGGUGAGAUGACCCUGGAGCUUCAGCCGGAGGUCGAGGUACUGAGGGUGCAAUUGAGCGAGAAGGAGCAGACGAUCCAGAAACUGAUGACAGAGCGACGGUCCAACCACCCUUCUUCGAAUAACAGUACUGGAUAUGUUGAGGGCGAUGUUUCGUUGUUACAUGCGGAGCGGUCGUUUUUGGAGAAGGAGGUGUCGGACAGUAAGGAGGAAAUUCAACGCCUUCGGGACCUGCUUUCCGAGCAAGAACAGAUCGCUACCCGGGACCAGCGGGCACGCGAGGAGCUUGAGCUCAAACUUGAGGCUCUGCAAACCCUCGACUCGAACGAGGACUCGAGUGCUUCUCAUCAGGGUCAGAACGACCGUCAGGAUAUCACUGCCAUGACCUCGCUUCAACAAGAGCUUGUCGCGCUGCGUUCGGAACGCUCGACCCACGAACACGAAGUUGAGACUCUGACCGCAAGGCUCCAUCAGGAAGAAGCCCAGUACCGGACAUUGCAGGACACUGUCCAACGGCUGAGCUCGAAACUCGCGCACCUCGAAUCCGAACACGCCGCAGAGGUUGAGCAGAUCCAACGAGAUCAUGAUGAGGUACUCGAGAAGGUCGUGAUGGAACACGCGAACGCCUUGACGGAGCUCUCGGAGCAAUCCAACUCCGCGGCCACCGCGGCUCUCAUCAGCAACAAUGGAAAAGAAGAACUGGAGAGGAGUUUGAGGCUCGAACGACAGGAAUCUCUUGCGCGGGAGAAGGUGCUUCAGAUGCGGGUGAAGGAACAAUUGGACAGGAACGAUGCGUUGGAGGAGAGGAUGUUUCUGCAGGAACAGAUGGUUUCGACGCUGGAGGAUGAGAAGGAGGCAUGGACGCAGACGCAGAAGUCACUCGAGCGACAGUUGGCGAUCGAACAGUUGCAGCACGAAGAGGACCGAUACCGGAUCGAACAAGUCGAACGCGAAAACCGAAGGCUGCGUGCCAUCCUCGCUGAGUUUGAUCUCGCAGCCUUGCUGGACUCUUCUUCUCCUUCCUCUUCUAAGGCCCUUCAGGAUAAGACUUUGGCGAACGAGUCUCAUUCUGUAUCGGAGGACGACAAAGAAGAAAUCCAGAGGAUGUACGAAAAGCGGCAGCAGAAGUGGACUGACCAGAUGGGUCUUUUGGAACGCAAGAUGGCCAAGGCCGAAGAGGCUGCUGCAGAGAUCAUGGAGAAGAAUAUGGAGCUCAUGGUCGCCCUGGAUAUGGCCCGACAGCCUUCCUAAAGGUCCUUUUCUCCAGCUUCUUUUUUAUUUAAUGACCCCCCCCCCCCAUACACACACAUAACGCACGCACACACACACACACACACACACACACACACACACACACAUGCGAUUCAUCUACACACACAAAAUAAAAUCAAUUGACGAC